AUUUGCAAAAGUAACAAUAAAUAUUUUUUAGAUACAAAAAGUUGUAGUUAAAAAAACAAAAUUGUUCGCAAUACGAAUGUUCACCACUUUUAAGUAAAGAAAUCUCUAGAUAAUAUCUUGUUACACAAUCAGAACAGUUUUAGUAGAUACACAAAGGUAAAACUUUGUCGAAUACUACAAGUCAAAAAAAAUAAAUAUCUUCUUCAAAGCUUUAAAAAUCAAAAAUAUUCAUUAUUCAUUUUAAAUUCAGUUUUUAAUGAAAUUUGAUUCCAAAUUCGUUUUUGUACAUACAUAUAUAUUACAAUAUUUCAAUGGAGGAUCCAAAUUCAACAUUGUUGCCAUAUAUUUUGGAGACCCUAAGCCGCAAGCCAGAGCUCUGUGACACUUUCGAUCAUAUUUGCAAAGACAUUGAAGAACAACUAAUUGCUGAUAAUAAUACACGCUAUGGCAAUGUGCGAGUCGCUUUGCAACGUGCUUUAAACGUGGGCCAAUCGCUAGGAAUCUUAACUUUGACUAACGAAAACAUACGCAUGCCUUUCAACUUUCGUUCAAGCACAGCUAAAAACACAAAAAUUAUGCCAAUUUCAGGGCACCAAGAAGUUCAACAGCCAGCAAUAGGAACUGGAAACCCGGUGGUUCAAAAUGAUACUGAUAAGAACAUAAUAGUACCUUCGACGACGCAUAAUCGUAACCUGCCAAACAAUUUUGAUGGUCGACGAGGUAAUCCCGACUUUGGCUUUGCACCGCCUAAACGUUCCAAAAAAAUUCGAGGCCGUCCAAGAGGAAGCAGUUGUGCACGGAAAUCAACAGCUACUCGAAGUUAUUCACGCGGAAGGUCGGGACGUGGCCGCAAACGAGCCCGUAGUGCUAAUGGAAGAAAAAUCAAUAGGAGACGCUAGAACUUGUGUUUUCAAUAUAAAUCAACUGUACUAUGUAAUUUCACAAACAAAAUUUGUAUAUUAAAAUACAUUUCCUCAUGCCAAAA